GUGUGUGUAUAUUAUAUAUAUAUAUAUAUAUAUAUGUUCAUAGUCUCUCGACAUCAGUCCGCCUCUCUCAUCUUCCUCCUCAGUGCUCUUUGUUUCUCUCUUGCCAACGACUUAAUCAGUUUUUCCAGAUUGAUGCUGAUGUGAAUUUUCGGCUCACACAAAUUCUUGUCCGAUGUGGUCGGGGUCCUACAAGGGUGCACGAGACUUCAUGCCUAGGAAGGAAGACAUUUUUUGGAAACAUGCAGAGCGUUUGAAUGGGAGAUUUAAGUGCAAAUACUGCGGAAAAGAUUUUGCUGGGGGUGUCCCUAGAGUUAAGUCCCAUUUAUCAGGAAUUAAAGGACGUGACAUAAAUACAUGCCCCAAUGUCCCAAAAGAAGUCCAAGCAGCUGCUGCUGAAGCAAUUAAAGUUGGUAUAAAUAAGAGACCAAAACGCGAAAACUUUUCGAGUAGUUCUGAUGGAAUUUCUUCAGAAGUAGUAUCUGAGAAUAAUGAUAGCUGUGAGCUGGAUAAUUUGCUCGCGAAGUUCUUUCUGUCGAAUAACAUUGAUUGCAGUGCUGUUCAGUCAUCUUCAUUCAUCGACUUCAUGAAUGCUGUGGUUGCAUUUGGUGCUCCUUACAAGUUGCCGAGUUAUUCGACACUCAAGUCUCGGCUGAUUCCCGACUUGCUUGGCAAAAUCGAAGCAGAUGUGAGAAAAGUGAAGGAAUCAUGGAAGGAAACUGGUUGUACCAUCAUCUCUGAUGUUUGGUGCAACGAGAAAGAGAAUCAGUCCUUCGUUAACAUCAUGGCCAGCUCGAGGAAAGGAGUAGUGCUACUGAAUUCGUUCAAAGUCCCAAGGAACGAGUUAGAUGGUGUUUUCUUAAAGGAAAUCAUAUGCUUCUGUAUCCAAACUGUAGGGCCAAACCAUGUAGUGCAAUACGUUAAUAGCGCUUUAAGUCUAGGACCAACCAAGGAUCUGCUCGCUAAUGACUUUCCUCAAAUAUGCAUCACUCGCUGCGUUGCUGUUGAGAUCCAGUCAAGUUUUGAGGAAGUUUACAUGGAAAUAGAGUGGGUUAAGUUGGCAUUUGAUAAAGCUAGAUGUCUCGUAACUCAUAUCUAUGGGAAUAGCGAUCUUUUGUCACUGAUGAGGAAGUACACCAACAACAGGGAGUUAAUACAGCCUCAAGCAUUAGAUUUUUCCUCAAACUACAGUAUGCUACUGUCGAUCAUUGUUGUCAAAGAUCAGUUAUUUCAACUUGUGCAGUCUUUUUGCUGUAGUAUGUCAGACCUGGGAAAAGAAGUGGCUGACAUAAUUAGUAGCCUAGAAUUUUGGAAUCAAGUGGAAGAGAUAGUACAGGCUCUAGAGUCAUUAUUCCUAGUUCUCUAUCUAGUUGAUAGAUAUGGUUCAUCUUCCGGGUACUUGUAUGUGGCAAUGGAAAUGGCAACUAAAGGAAUGGGAAAAAUUUACAGUGGUAAUCCAGAUAAAUACCAGAGACUAUGGCAGAUUUUCAACUCGUGGAAGGAAAAGAUUGUCCAUCCAAUACAUGUUGCUGCAGCUUUUCUAAACCCAGCAUAUAUGUGCAGUGGGUUGUUUAAGGAUAAGGCCAGAAUAAUGGGAGUCAUGGAAUUUGUAGUGAGCCACUUGGCAGCUAGCGAAGAUAAAGAUGCUUUCUUAGAAGAAAUCAUUGAGUAUCACGAGAGAAGCAGAGAACCAGAUAUGUUCUCAGAUGCCGCGAACAGAAUGCGGAAAGUAUGUCACCCGGGCGAUUGGUGGGCUUAUGGCUUUGGGCGUGAGUUCCCAAUGCUACAGAAGUAUGCCAUCAGAAUAUUGAGUCAGCCCUGCAGUGGUUCAGCUUAUAAACAGAGUUCGAGUGCAUUUGAGACUGCUCAUAUGAAGAAGCUGAGCGGAUUUACAUUUAAAGCAUCAACCCAUUACUUUUGGAUGAAUAUGAUCUUGACCACUGGAUUUAGGGCAAUGAAUGCAUCUGAUAAGCCAAAGGAUCUUACAGAGCUCAGCGAGUUGAAGUGGAGAUUUCCUACUGAUUUCUUAAACGAGAUAGAGGUUUCCCAUUUAGAUCCACAACAAACUCACAGCUUUGUUUGGUACAGUUCUCUAAGAGCUGGUAUCCAUCUCCCAAGCCAGAGAUGUUUGCAGCUGCAGUUUGUAACUAGGAUUCCAUCUCUCCUAGUUACUGGUCAAGAGGUCAAAAGUGAACAAGGAUCUCCUGUCCAUGUGUUCUUGGUAGAUCGAAUCUCCGGUAAUGUGGUGCAAGACAGUGCAUUAUCGACGUUAAAUUUGACAGUUUCAGCACUUGAAGGAGACUUCGAUGAAGAAAGUGGAAAUACUUGGCAAAGGGAGGAUUUUGAAAGAAAUGAAAUAACGGAUGUCCCACUCAUGACCGGUACUCUGCAAGUGACCCUAAAGGAUGGGAUGGGAACACUUGGAGAUUUAUGUUUUAAUUACAGCUCUGAAAUUGCAAAAAGUGGGAAGUUCAAGCUUGGAGUGAAAACUCUUACAGAUGAAUGUGGAGGGAUUUGUAUUUGCGAGGGCAUAUCCAAUGCAUUCGUCGUGAGGGACGGUAAUGACACGAGAGCGCCCGAUGCUACUGCCAGCCAGAUGCACCUGCCAGAAGAUUCGCAACUAAAGAGUAUUAUGGAUGAACUGACACAACCAAAACCUUGUUCAACAGACACGAAUGCUAAUAGCGAGAUGGAUCUCGGUAGAUGGUUUGAAUUUGGACCCCUUUGGAGUCCACUUGGUUGCAAGCAUAAGCAGAAGCACAAUGUCAAAUCAGGGCAGGCAGCAAUGGGAUGGCCUAGCAUUAGAAGCUUCAGAAGAGCUGUCUCGGAGAAGAGAGAUCAGAAAAUGCUUAGUAGGACCCAAGUGCAGAAGCAAUUGGAAGAAUGCAUUGAAGGUCAAGAUUGUAGUCAGGAAGAAUACAAACUGUUACUACUAGGUAAGGAAAAGCAGGGCAAAGAUAACUGGAAGGGAAUCGCCGAGAAAUAUGUGAUGUCGAAGGUGCCGAGUCAAGUGGCAAGUCAUCCUGAGGAGUAUUCCAAGGGCAAAUCUGGAUCUGGGUUGGACGAGGACAAGGAGCCGAUGUUGGUGGAGCCUGCUUCAGAAGAACAACUCGACUUAGCAAAUUGUGACAAUUCAACUUUGGAAGGCACCGCAGCAUUUCCAAAUCCAAAUACCUCAGAAUUAAGUCAACCUCUAACUCUCUUCCCGUCGCUAUUGGCCUGCAAAGACAUGAAGUUUCUCGUAGAUGAGGAGGCUGUCGAGCCAUGGGGAUUGGAAGAACGUCCGUCAACAGUAGCAAGCUUCACAUGUGCUGGAGACUCUAUUCCUCCAAAACAGGAUAGCUCUCGUCUGAGUCAGUCAUUGACGCUCUUUCCCUCGUUACUGAUCGGAGACGACAAAGAGGUCAGUGAGGAUAAGUCACCAGAUCUUCUCGAGAAUACAGCAAGACAAUCAACAAGAAGUCCAACCAAAGCUAAUGAACGAGUUGGCAUGUCUAAGCUCAACAUAGUGGCAAGUCCAAGUACGGGUGCCCAACGAGAACCCUUCUUGCGGGUCGAUUCCUUUCAACAGUCCACCUGUGAAAACAACUCUCUCGAAUGCGUGAGAGACACACCUGACCCGAAUGUCUGCAAUUCCUCCAACCAAAGCAGGCAGAAUCAAAACCACGACUUUAAGUUUGACUCUGUGGAGGACCGAGGGCACAUUUCACCUGCCACUGAUAGGAGUGCCAGCAGUAGCCUCUGCAAUGGUGGCGCUUUGACUCAUCGCCAUGGUAUGGAUUGUGGAAGCAUCUGUGGAAGUAAUGGAAAUGUCAAUCAGGUUCCAGUUACCAGACAUGCUGGGGAAAGCAGGCCUGUGGAAGAGAGUUCUCAAGGAUCGGUAAGGAAAGCGGCUCUUGCCAAGUUCCUAUUGAAGCGCAAAGAUCGGUGCUACGAGAAGAAGGUUCGGUAUGUGAGCAGGAAAAAGCUUGCAGAGCAGCAUCCUCAUGUGAAGGGACAAUUUGUUCGACAAGCGCAGAGUGAUCCUGCAACUGAAGAAACUAAUCCUUGAGAGUGGUUCUUAGCGUAUAUUUAGGGCUUAAGCUGCCACAAAGCAACGGGAUAGUCUUCCAUCUGAUAAUCCGGUCUAGUAUGGUGCCGUUCUCCCUCCUCUUCUUGGGGGAGGCAGAGCAAUUGGGUGGACAAUAAGUACUUCGGAAUAUGCUUCUAACUAUGCAAAGAUCGCUCGCAAUGCACGUGCCUUCUCACUAGUAGGAAAAAAAAAAAAACGAAUUGUAGGCAAGCGAGCAGUUUGUGCUGUAUAGUUAGUAAUUGCUAAAAUGAGGAAGAAUGCGAUCUUGAG